AUGUCCGAGGAAAAGAUGCCCGAAGUUCAAAAUGUCCGGAGGUAAAUAAAUACCUUUGUAAUUAUAAUUUAUAAAUAUAAAUAUAAUAAAUUAAAUACAAUUUUAAUACGUAAUAAUAUUAUUAAUAGGUAUAAUAAUCGUCUUAAUUUUAGUCUUGAAGUAAUAAAAAUGACAAUGAUAAAAUUCAAACAUAAUUUUGAUGUAUUUUUAUUAGAUUUGAUAAACUCGUGAGUUGUUAUCAAGAUAAAAUUGAAAAAAUAAGAAAACUUUAACGUUGAUAAUACAAUAGGUUUGUUACGUUGGUAUGUAACCAAUUGACUAGAGAAUGAUGUCAAUGUAAAGCACGGUCCUAGAAGAACAGGUCCGACGACUGUCACUCUCCUGCCUAUAGACCGACGGCUGCUUACUGAGUCAGAUUUAGUUCACAAUUUGUUCACGGGCGCUGCCGGUUAUGCUUAUUGAAGUUAUGUAAUUAUGUUAUGAUAUCAAUAUUAUAUAUUAUAUAUACAGACCAUAGAUAUUAAACAUAAGAAUAUCAAUGAUUAUAUCACAGUAUUGUACACGGUCUCAUCAUCAACACGAAAAAGUUUUUCACGAAUUGAAUUAGUAUCAUACAAAUUAUCGACCUCCAUGGACUCAACCAUUCAUUUUUAAUGUCAUCAUUUUUGGAAUAGAAAAAACUGAGUUUUUUAUUUUUAUUUUUUUAUCCAAUAUACAUAUAUUGUUGGCCGUAUUUUAAAGAAAAUUAUGAGUAAUUAAAAUAUAAUUAAGGAUAAAAUAAAAAUUAGCGAGAUGUAGUAUUAUCUAUGUAUGCAUCAGUAGUGAAUAACAAUAUUAUGUAUAAUAUAUCAAAAUCUACACCAACAAUUAUUAUUAAAAUUUGGCGGAAUUCUAGCGGCCCAUGUAAUUAAUAGUACUAAGCUCAAAACCUCAAUAAAUAUAACCGGUAACGCUCUUGAGUAAAAUCUAAACUUAAAUGUCUCAUUAAGCGGACAUUUGAUAAGGACAAAUCGUUGGACCUGUUCUUCUAAGAUCGUGAUGAAAAAGUAAUAAACCGUAUUUAUCAAUUUUGAUUGUCGAUACAGAUAGGCAUUUGUACACAAUGUAAAAAUAAAACUGCACAAACUGUAUAAAUCUUCAUAAUAUCGGAUCUAAUCAAAAGUAAAAUUAAUAAAAAUUAUAAAUAUCAUUGUAAAUUGAGUACAAAGUAAAACCUAUCGACUUGGGUUGGUUCUUAUUUUUGUAUACUUACAGUGUACAAGCCGGAAAUUUUUACCUACAACUUACUACAGUAUUAAGGCGAAUUCACACUACACCGUGCACUUGUGUAUUUUAUCCCACCGUGGAUUUUCCAAAAUUUGGUACCACUAUGUACCAUGAAUGGGUUCUGUCUUCACUUGUUGUGAACAAACUUAGUGAGUAAUAUGCGCGGGUUUUAUUUAUCAAAUAUGAAAUAUAUAUAUUAAAAUUCAACAAUUUCUAAGUUAAUAUUUGAUUGUUGUAAUGUUAUUUGGAAUAAACUAAAAUAUGAGGUAAGCAUAAAUAAUCAUUAGUGUAUCAUAAAUAUGUAUACAUAAUUAUAUUUUGUAUUAUAAUGACGUUUAUUGAAUAUUUAUUCCAGGUAUUAUUUAUACUUAGUACAGACGGUUGGUUAAAAAUAUAUAAUGAAUUUGAAUCUAAAUGGCAAGUGCUACAUUAGUGUAGAGCUUUAGAUGGGAAACAUUUAAUGCAUAUCCAAUGUCAUCAGCAACUUGAGUGGUAGAGGAUGUCUCAGUGGAUUCUAUAUUAAGAGGCCAUAAACAACUAUCCUGAUUUUCAAAAGAGAACAUACCGUUUUCGUGCAUAACGAAUGACGUCUGACGACCGUUCAAAGGCCAAUUUAUCCCACUCUCACCGAAAUGUGGUAACGAGCGUGUCGAUUAUAUUGUAUAAACCAAAUUCAAAUUAGUUUUUUAUAAUUAUUUAAAGCAUAUGAUUGGUGACUGAAGAAUCGCGCGUAAUUUGUAUACAUUUUAGUUCAUAUUAUUAUUUAUCUGGAGUGUCAACUUAAUGGUUUUCGACAGCCUGAGCAAAUUAUUGAGGUGAUGGUGAUGGUAGUAGCCAAUGCCAACUUGAUGGUAUUUGACACUAAGCUAUAUGCCAAUUCACAACAAGAAACUGAUUUAUAGUACGCAAGUUGUGACUGGUGGUACCUGGUGGGGGAUGCACGUUGCCGAACGUAAACUGGUCGUCACCCAGUUUGAAAGGCAAUGUUGAACUGGCAUUUAUCCCCAUCAGAUAUUUCAUGGAGAAGCUGAUCAACUUAGAUUCCGUUCUUAAUAGUCGAUUGAAGGGUACGAACUUUCUUUUGAAAGUAAGAUCAGAUUGGGUAGUAACAUUCGUGGAACGUAACUCCGCUAGUUGAAAUGAUGACGAGUCAACACUGGCUUUUAAUUCGCUAAACAAACUUAAGGAAUUACACUCAUCUUGGGUACUGCGAAUUUUGGAUAUAGCCAGGUGAAAUUCUUCAGUUGAAAGAGGAGUAAAUUUUGAAAGAGGUGCUUUGGAUUCUUUAUUAGAUGAAUUUCAAUUGGCCCAUAAUUGGACUAGAAUUAGGAGAGAUAGUACUUUUCAUGAAGUGAAAGUGACCCUGGAAAAUUUAGAUAUGCAACUGAAGAGACAAAGUGGUAUGGAAGAUAGAGGUACAAUUUAA